AUGACUUGGUCGGUCUUCAGAUCCAUAAACUCCCCAACUCUUGACCUCUCCGCCGCACUUCGCUCCACUCGCCGCCCAUUGGUCUCCGCCGGUGUCGGCUGCGCAACAUUCGCCGGCGUAUCUCUUUUCCGAAUGUCUUCCAGAUCUCCUGCUUUCGCUUCCCUCAGUGUCUCCGCUACUUCUGGUCAGAAGGAAGUUGUGGCUACAGAGAAAGCACCAGCUGCUUUGGGACCAUACUCUCAGGCUAUCAAAGCCAAUAAUCUUGUUUUCCUCUCAGGUGUUCUUGGACUUAUACCUGAGACUGGAAAGUUCGUUUCGGACAGCGUUGAAGAUCAGACUGAGCAGGUACUCAAAAACAUGGGGGAGAUAUUGAAAGCUAGUGGUGCUGAUUACUCCUCCGUGGUGAAGACAACAAUCAUGCUUGCUGACUUGGCUGACUUUAAGAAAGUGAACGAGAUAUACGCCAAAUACUUCCCAGCUCCUUCUCCAGCACGGUCCACAUAUCAAGUGGCAGCUUUGCCUCUUGACGCCAAGAUUGAGAUUGAAUGUAUUGCAACACUCUAA